AUGGUAUCUGUUGUUUCAGUUGUUGAAGUCCGCCUGGUUGGUGGAGGCAACGCGUGCCAGGGCCGCGUGGAGGUGCUCUACGGAAGGUCUUGGGGCACGGUAUGCGACGACGUUUGGGACCUGCAGGAUGCCGAGGUGGUCUGCCGUCAGCUGGGCUGCGGCUCUGCUGUGUCCGCUCUGGGAAACGCUUUCUACGGAGCGGGCAGCGGCCAGAUCUGGAUGGACAACGUGCAGUGCUCCGGCUCCGAGUCUCAACUCUCGCAGUGCAGACACAACGGCUGGGGCACUCACGACUGCAGCCACGUCGAAGAUGCUUCCGUCAUCUGCUCACGAGGCGUUGAAGUCCGCCUGGUUGGUGGAGGAAACGCAUGCCAGGGCCGCGUGGAGGUGCUCUACGGAAGGUCUUGGGGCACGGUGUGCGAUGACGUUUGGGACCUGCGGGAUGCCGAGGUGGUCUGCCGUCAGCUGGGCUGUGGCUCUGCUGUGUCUGCUGUGGGGAACGCUUUCUACGGAGUGGGCAGUGGCCGGAUCUGGAUGGACAACGUGCAGUGCAACGGUUCCGAGUCUCAACUCUCGCAGUGCAGACAAAACGGCUGGAGCACUCACGACUGCAGCCAUGUGGAAGAUGCUUCCGUCAUCUGCUCACGAGGCGUUGAAGUCCGCUUGGUUGACGGAGGCAACGCAUGCCAGGGCCGCGUGGAGGUGCUCUACAGAAAGUUCUGGGGCACGGUGUGCGACGACUUUUGGGACCUGCAGGAUACCGAGGUGGUCUGCCGUCAGCUGGGCUGUGGCUCUGCUGUGUCUGCUGUGGGAAACGCUUUCUACGGAGUGGGCAGUGGCCAGAUCUGGAUGGACAACGUGCAGUGCAACGGUUCCGAGUCUCAACUCUCGCAGUGCAGACAAAACGGCUGGGGCACUCACGACUGCAGCCAUGUGGAAGAUGCUUCCGUCAUCUGCUCACGAGGUGCAGACCUUGCUGAAAGUGGGCGUUUCCGCCUGGUUGGCGGAGGCAACGCAUGCCAGGGCCGCGUGGAGGUGCUCUACAAAAAAUUCUGGGGCACGGUGUGCGACGACUUUUGGGAGCUGCAGGAUGCCGAGGUGGUCUGCCGUCAGCUGGGCUGUGGCUCCGCCGUGUCAGCUCCGGGAAAUGCUCGGUACGGAGCGGGCAGCGGCCGGAUCUGGAUGGACAACGUGCAGUGCAAUGGUUCCGAGUCUCAACUCUCGCAGUGCAGACAAAACGGCUGGGGCACGCACGACUGCAGCCAUGUGGAAGAUGCUUCCGUCGUCUGCUCACUCGGGAUGGCGAAGAAGAUGAACUGCACCCAAGACUCCUUUGAGCAUUGA